AAGGUGAAGACAUGACUGGUAAAUGUUUUUGGUGCAAGGUUACAGGUCAUCAGAAGAAAGAAUGCAGAAAAUACCUUGCGUGGCUGAAGUCUAAGGAUGGUGUUCCAGCUUUCACGGUAGAACGGGAAUGACAGAUUCCUGCUCCGGGGUCCACCUGCUCAAGCAACACCUACACUGACCCCAUUAAAGGUACUGUUAUGCUUACUCUACCUACAGGAAACACCCUGGAAUGCCUUUUGGACACUGGAGCAGCAGUCACUGUACUUAAGAAAACUGAUGUCCCAAAAGAACUUUUAACCAAUCACUAUGUUAAUGGGACAGGACUGGGAGGACGGCCCCUCCCUCUUCAAAGAAGUAAGCCAACUUCUCUCCUUAUAAAUGAUGAACUUACACCUGUACCCAUUGAAUUUCUGACUUCACCUACAUGCCCAGUGAAUUUGUUGGGAGCUGAUAUCCUUAGCAUCAUGCAAGCUACUAUUCAGUAUACUCCACAAGGAAUCAAGUACACCAGCAAUAUUCCAGCUAUCAUGAAGCCUAACAUUGAAGCAGCAAUUGAAGUUUACCUACUGCAAGAAACUGCCAAGUCCAGCUCAGAACUAACCCUCCCAGAAUGGGUUACUUCUCAAGUUCCAGACAGACUAUGGUCAAAAGGAAAGAUGGAUACUGGACUACUACGAGUUCAACCUGUCCACCUACAGCUCAAGCCUGGAACCAUACCUGUCUCAAUCAGGCAGUAUCCUCUCACCCCAGCACAAACUGAAGCUAUUACAAAGCAAAUCCAAGCCUUUCAAGAGAAUGGGAUCAUUGUCCAGUGUAGAUCCCCAUGGAAUACUCCAUUGUUUCCUGUGAAAAAGAAAGGUCAAGGUCAAAGUCAAGGUCAAGAUGAAGCACGAGAAGUACAAUAUAGACUUGUUCAUGAUCUAAGAGAAGUCAACAAGAGACUGGUGAUCAAUUCUCCUAUUGUGCCAAAUCCUCAUACCUUGCUGAACCAGAUCCCACCUUCAGGGGCCUGGUUUACGGUAAUUGAUUUGACCAACGCAUAUUUUUCUGUACCGAUCACUGAAGAAUCACAGGCAAUGCUAGCUUUCACCCAUGAUGGAAGACAGUACUGUUGGACCAGACUUCCACAAGGAGGAGCAACCAGUCCAUCAGACUACACUGAAGCAAUGUCACUCAUCUUACAAGCUUGGAGACCAGUGUUUCCAGAAAACACCCAGCUCAUACAGUAUGUAGAUGAUCUACUGCUAUCCACAAGCACAGAAGACCAAUGUAAACAAGAGACUGUAUCACUGUUGAAAUUUUUGGAAGAACAAAACUGCAGAGCUUCCAAAGCAAAGCUUCAACUAUGCCAGAAGAAGGUCAUCUUCCUUGGUCACUGUAUCUCACAAGGAGCCAGACACCUUACAGAAGAAAGGAAACGGCUUAUUCUACAAACCAAAGUACCAAAGACUAUUAAACAGACCAGAUCAUUCCUAGGUCUUGUUGGGUACUGCAGAGAAUGGAUACCACAUGCUUCUAUCUACAUGCAAGUUUUGUAUGACAGUACAAAGAAAGAUGCUCCAAUCUACACCACAGAACAAGUUGAAGAAGCAGUUCAGAACCUUAAGGCUGCCAUAGCAUCUCCACCAGCUUUGGGUCUGCCAGACUACACCAAGCCAUUUACUCUUUAUUGCCAUGAGGAAAGAGGUCAUGCACUUGGAGUCAUUACACAGACGCAUGGAAGCAAGCAACGCCCAGUGGCUUAUCUUUCAAGCAAACUAGACAACAUUAUCCAAGGAGCACCCACCUGUAUCAGAGCAGUUGCAGCAACAGCAGUCCUCAAACAGAAAUGCAUAGACAUUGUGCUUAAUCAUGAACUGAUCAUUCAGGUACCACAUGCGGUGACUGAAAUACUACAGCAAGCCAGAACUAAGCACUUAUCAGCUGCAAGACUCACCAAGUAUGAAGUAGCUUUACUAAGUGCCACAAAUGUCACCAUUAAAAGAUGCACUACCCUCAACCCAGCAACUCUACUACCAGCCCUAUUGCAGGAAGAAGGAGCAGAGUAUGAAUCUCUAGAUUCAAAAGGAGGGAGAAGAGAGACAUAUAAUAUCUCUAGCAAUGGUACCCAGAAUAACCAGGAUGAUGAGGACCACAUGAACUAUGGGAAUGCAGAAAGUGAUGAAAAUAUUCACAAUACAAAUUUUUCCCAUGACUGCAUGGCUCUAAUGGAACAAGAGACUCAACUGUUACCUCAUGUCACAGACACAGCCCUUCCUGAUGCCCAGCACAACCUCUAUGUGGAUGGAUCAAGAUACUAUGAUAAUGGAACCCCAUAUACAGGGUAUGCUGUUACAACAGAGACUGAUAUCAUUGACUCAGGAAGCUUACCAGCACAGCUAUCAGCACAAGCUGCAGAGCUAAUAGCUCUCACUAAAGCUCUGGAGUAUGCAGAAAACACAACAGCUAAUAUAUACACAGACUCCAGAUAUGCUUGGGGAAUUACGCAAGAUUAUGGCCAGAUUUGGAAAAGCAGAGACUUCAAGACAGUUACAGGAAAACAGAUACAGCAUGCAGAUCUGAUAAAGAAACUAUUUGAAGCUCUGGACAAGCCAAUCAAAGUAGCCAUCAUAAAAAUCCAAGCACACACCAAGAACCAAACUAAAGAAACAAGAGGAAAUAACUUGGCGGAUGCCGAAGCAAAGAGAGCAGCCAAAAGCUCUGACAAAUCAGAAGUACAAAUAAUGCUAGCUGAAGAUGAAACUCAGAACCCAGCACACAUGGCUGAUCUACAGCAACUCAUCAUUUUCCAGAAUCAAGCAGGUCCCUUAGAAAAAGCCACAUGGCUAAAGAAGGGAGCCAUACAAGACCAAGAUACAGGACUCUGGAAAACAGAAGAUAAGACAUGUUUGCCAAGAGUGCUAUAUUCAGCUAUGUGCCAAGUAAGCCAUGGAAUUACCCAUGCAGGAAAAGAUCAAAUGACGAGACAAGUCAACCAAAAAUGGAUAGCCCCAGGAUUCCAAGGUGCAGCAGAGAAGCACACACAAGCAUGUUGGAUAUGUGGAAUUUCAAAUCCAGGAAGUAGAACCAAGACUCCAGCAGGAGCCAUUCCAAAAGCCAAUAUGCCAUUUCAGAGACUACAGAUAGACUAUAUUCAGAUGCCAACUCAAGGCCCGUUCCAGUUUGUACUGGUUUGUGUCGAUACCUUCUCCAAAUGGGUAGAGGCCUUCCCAGUAGCCAAAGCCACAGCAAAGAAUACAGCAAAGAAAAUAUUGACUGAAAUAGUAUGCAGGUAUGGAGUACCGGAAGUGAUUGAAUCAGAUAGAGGAAGUCACUUCACAGGAGCAGUCAUGACUCAUAUCAUGGAGGACAUGGGCAUACAACAGGCCUUCCACACGGCCUACCGUCCACAGGCAAGUGGACCAGAAAAAAAUAUGAACUAUAACAUCAAGGCAAAGCUCAUGAAGGCUAUGCAAGACACAGGGAAGGGAUGGGUUGACUGUUUGCCUUUGGCACUAUUUAGUCUUAGAACUGCACCUAACAAAAAGUCAGGUUAUUCACCAUAUGAAAUCUUGUUUGGUAGUAUACCUAAGAUAGGAUGUUAUUAUCCACAGGAAUUGCAGCAUAAACAUGGUGAUUUAACUGCUUAUGUGAAAAGUCUAACUGAGAGACUAACCCAUCUUCAUGUUGUAGCACAUGAUUCCCUUCCAGAUUCUACAGCAGAUCAGAAUCCACAUCAUCUCCAGCCAGGAGAUUGGGUGUACCUGAAGAGACACGUGAGGAAAUCUCUAGAGCCCAGAUAUGAUGGUCCAUUCCAGGUGUUAAUAACUACACCAACAUCUGUGAAAUUGAAGGACAGAGCGGCUUGGGUACAUGCAUCACACUGCAAACUUUUGAAAGUUAAGUUUGGAUAAAAAAGAAAAUAAAAAUAAAAAAUAUACAUUCUUUUGUAUUAAAUUUUAGCAAAAGGUUAAUUGAAAAAGAAAUAGUGGAAAAACAUAUACAAGAGAUAGAAGAUGCAAAGCUGACUUAUGCCAACAAACAUAAUAUCCCUGAUACACUAGAGGGUGAAUGGGGUUGGCUGUCAUGGCUGAAUCCAGUUUCAUGGUUCAGUGGAAUUAAAGGAUGGAUUGUAGGAAUCCUAAUGUUUUUGUUAAAAGCAGUUGGAAUUGCAAUUAUAUUAUAUUUGUGUUUUAAGAUGCUGCUUUGUUGUUUUUCAGUUUGCCAGAAACGAGUAAAAGAUGCUUUGGACACCUCCAAAUAUAGGUCAAUACAGAAGCGUCUAGCGAAGCAGGUCCAACAACAGUCUGCCCUAAUGGAUAUGAAUCAAAGGUCUACCAACCAAAGCCAAGACAAAGACACCAAUUUUGUGACAAAUAGGGUGUAGCUUCCUACCUGUAGGGAGAUAGGUAGCCAUCAGUAUCAUUAGAGUAGACUGUUAUUGCAUAGACUUGUUAGGAAUGUGCUAGAUAAACCUGUAAUCUUUGAUUUAUUAUAAAAAGGAGGGAAAAUGUUAGCUUAAUGUUUUAUUACUAUAUUGUGUUAUAAUAAUCAAAUGGAUAAAUACACAUAUAGGAGGUAUUUUUAUGUUGAAUAAAGAAGUGAGUUCCAAGUAAGGGCUGAUUAUGUUAUAAGCCUCACUAUAUGAAACAGAUUUAAUGAACUGUAUUGAGCUUAGAGACAGUCAGCAAACUUGUCUGUACUAUAUUUAUCUAUAUGAAGUAAGGGACAGGUGGAUGCAGCUUAUAAGUACAGAGUUAAGAAUAUACUCUGUUGGUAGGGAGAAACAUCUAUAGAAAGUGUGUGAUGUAAUUUGUUGUAAAAUGAACUGUACACUGCACAUUUGCUGAUUACCAAAAAUGGAAAGAACAUAUGUUAUACUGAGUGUGCCCCCACCUUCGGGGACAGUAAUGUGAGCUGACCACCAUGACUGAUAUGUACAAUGUGCCUUAUAUAUGCUCUGAAGAAACUACAGUAAAACAGAUUACCUAUGAGGCAUACGG